AUGGACAAGGUCAAUGUUACGGGGUUGAAGGCGCUGCGGAAUGAGAUGAUAACGUUCGUCAAGGGGGAAGUUGACAGGAAACGGGCGGGCCAUGUCGGUAUUGCGGCCGACGACUGUGACGACGACGGCGACGAUCCCCUUUCGGCAUCCCAAGCUGUAGGUGUCGCCCACACCUACGACGAUGCGCGGGGGACUCCACAAGGAGAGCCAGGAGCCGACGUCGACAUGAUGGAUGAGGGGGCAGGAAGGGCGGUGACUGGGACUGCAGAGGAGCACCAGGACGACAACGAGGAUCGGGAAGAGGAGGCGGAUGACGAGGGUCAGGAAUAUGAGGAAGAGGAAGAGGAGGAGGAGGAGGAAAAGGAGGAAGAGGAAGAGGAGGACGACGACGAUGACGACGACGACGAGGAGGAAGAUGAGGAGGAGGUGGCGGUUGACGGGGAGGCGGAGAAGCAGCAAGAGGGGGAGGAAGAGGAAGUGGCACCGGUGGACGUAGUCGAGCUGUUGCGAGCGGAGAACACGAGGUUGCGGGCCGACAACGCACGCCUGCAGGAGUCGCUCAAUGACCAGACGAGACGGGUCGACAUCUUGGCGAAGGCGGUAGCUGGACUCCUCGACAAGCUCACGGCGUUGACCGCACAGGUUGCCGCCACCGACCAGAAAGCGGCAAAACGUAUCGAAGACGCCACUUCGGCCAUGUCGACCACUAUCGCCGACGAGAUCACCGACAACAUCGCGGACGCCAUCGACGCUACGAAGUCGGUGUCGCGAUUUGUGGUGGACUGGCUGAAUGAAAUCAGUGGUCCCCAAGGAACCAUGGCAGUCGAACGCGCAGCAGCGGUAAAUUGUGUUGUCGACCACCAGACUGCAGUGUGGAAAGGCCUGGAGGAGACCAUCAUCAGCUACAUCGGCGCCGCACAAACCAACAUUGCCGCCGCGGUUUCUUGCCCCAUCGUCCUGCCAACGCCGCCACCUCCUCCUCUCGCCCCAACUCAAGCCAUACCAGAAGAGUUCCUUUUGUCGUUCAAGGCCGACGUGCUGAAAGCGGUGACGGAGGUGACACAGCAGUCGUUUGUUGCGUCUGGGAUGAAGGCAUUGACCGAGAUGAUCAGAAAUGCGGCGCCUGGUCGACGCGAGUCGUCGCCGUCGGCCAACGAUGCUGGCCAGGCGCAACGACAGGAUGCUCAGAAACAUGGUCGGAAGAGGGGUGCCGGAGGCGGAGGGGGAGACGGGGGCGAUUCAGCAAGUACUAAGCGGAGCAAGGGGGGAGAUGGGAGCCGCGGCGUCGGCGCGGUGGGUCCUGGCGGCUCGCGGACUCAAGGUCAGAGCGUGGUCGACCAGCUCAAGAAAAAAGGGGUAGAGGUGAUAAGGUUGCACCGCAAGGGCGAUGGGAUCUGCAGUGCAGAUGGGGGCCCUGCCGACGGGGUCGCCGCUCCAAACGCUGUACCAACAGCCCCGCCCUUGGUCCCCAACCAGGAGACCCCCACACCUCACGCGGCGGGAGAUGGCGGCGCCGGAGCCGUCAAGGGUCCGUCAGUUGGGGUGGCGGGGACGACGUCGACUCCCAUUGACCCCCCUGGGGCUAGCAGGGCGCCGGUCGGCCAGUCGCCCGACAACAAAGUUGGGCCGGAGAUUGCGCCGACUCCUGCUCCAGCAGUCCGGACUGCCGCCACGGGCGACGCGAAGGGCGCUGCGGCCGAGCGCGAUGCUUCGGCCGCCAGAAAGCCGGAUGCGCUCAGGGAACUGCUCCACCGCAUGGAGACCCAUCGCAAGGACGUGCAGCAGCCUCCAUCGGUCGAUGCCGCCCCUCUCGAAACAGCGCGUCCCUCGGUUGCUCCGCAAGUCGCCGCCGCUGCGUCCAACGCCCCACCUACCGCGCCUCAGGUCGCCGCCCGUCCUCCCGCGGACCCAAAGUCCGCAUUGCUUCGCGCCCGGUUAGGCGCACGUAGUGCGGCUGCACCAACACGUACUCGGCCGGCAGCCGGCUCAGGCGCGAAGCAGACGUCGGCAGGCGUGGCUGAUCCCACUCCCGCCGCAGCUGUUGUCGAUGCGGCGGCGGAGAAGAGCGUGAGUGCAGCGCUAGCCACCGGUGGCGGAGGCGACACGGCGCAUGUGGGGACCGCGGCGUGUCCCCCUGGUGUUUCAGCGGUGCCAAAGACGUCCAGUGGGACUGUCGGCGACCGAAAAGCGAAGCGGAAUGGGAAGGCCGACACAAGGACAGGGAGGGCGAUCUCGCAGAGGAUCACACGAGCAAACUCAGCUGCGGAGCAGAAUCAGGAAGAGAAGUCGGUCGGCGAGGGCACGUCGGCGAAGCAAGGGAAGGAGAAGGCCACGGUCGGCAACGGUAGGUCGGUGAAAAAGGGGAAGGAGAAGGAGAAGAAGAAGGAGCAGGCGGAGAAGGAGGCGGAGGAGAAGGAGAAGGGUCGGAAGGGUCAUGGCAUCCGCCAGGACAGCACGUGA